GAGAACGUGGGAAAGUUGAAAAGAUGAAGGGCUUCUAAAAAAUAGAAUAUUGCUGUCAACAAGCAGUCGAAGAUGGUCUUGAUUGGGUCUGGGUCGACACGCGAGUCUAGUCUAAAAGACCGUUGAGAAUAUUACGUUUAGGAGUAGAUAUUGACUGAGUUACAGAUGCUGCAUAGAUAAGACUAGCAGUGCCGAGCUCUCGGAAUCUAUCGACUCGAUGUUCAGAUGGUAUAAGGAAGCAUCUGUCUGCUACACCUAUCUAGCCGACGUGAAGCAUAGCUCUCUAUCGACGAUCGAGAGUCAGAUAGCUGAGAGUCGCUGGUACGAGGGCGGAUGGACGUUGCAGGAGCUAAUAGCACCCGAAAAUGUCAUCUUCUACUCUGAGAAUUGGUUCCAAAUUGGGACAAAGUUACAACUCUCGGCUCUCAUAUCUAAUAUUACUGGUAUCGAGGAGACGUACCUGGACAACUCGAACACCCAAAACGCUAGUAUAGCACAGCGUAUGUCCUGGGCGGCAAACAGGAAAAGUAAUAGCAUAGAAUAGGUAGAGAUUAUGCAUGACUAAGUUGUUCCUGAGUGUCUAGGUACCUGCCACUCAGUACUGUAUAC